CGCUAAUCAGCCAAACAAAAAGAACCCAAAAUUAUUUGUGAAGCAGAAAAACAUGUCUAAGCUUAGCACCCUCUUCACAAUUACCGUUCUCCUUAGCUUGGUGCUAACCUACGCCGCUCGUCCCGAGCCUACCUUGGCUGGAGACUCUCUUACUACCACACCAAAUGGGGUUGAUGAAGCAGAAAACAUUGAAGUUAAUGAGAAUUGUGAAGGAGUAGAAGGGAAAGAAGAGUGCUUGAUGAGAAGAACCCUCACGGCUCAUCUGGAUUAUAUCUAUACUCAGAAGCACAAACCUUGAACUUCUGUAUCAAGAAAUUAGUAUAAUUGAAUUGCACUAAGUUGGUAUUUUCAGUAUAAUAAAGGGAAUGAUUUGAAUUAUAUGCAUGUUCUGAAUUGGGUUUAGUGUGAUUUGAUUCGUUUGGUGUUCCUCUGAAUCUUUUAGUAGUUCUAUAUUUGCUUCUUCUAGUUUUUAAACAUUAUUAUGUAUAAUAUCCUCGUACCAACAUGUACGAACAGUACAAGAUAAAUAAAUUGGGUUUGUAAUUUCUACAA